GCGGCCAGCGCGAGGGUUUGGAGAGUUUUAGCAAAAAAUGCACUAGAAUUCCCCCUAAAAACUACUCUACUAAGGUGUAUGAGCUGUUAUACGUCGAGAAAUCCAACAUUGGUCCAAUCACAUGGAGUCAACAAGAGAAGCCGUGGGUUGAGCAAUUUAGCCGCCCCUGAGCCUGAUGACGCAGAAAAGCAGUACCCUGAACAUAUUAAGCGUAUAGUGGAAGAUAUCUCAAAACUGACAAUCUUAGAAGUUUCUGAGCUCAACCAACUUCUGAAGACAACACUUAAAAUAGAGGAUGUUCCAAUGAUGGCUAUGGGUGCAAUGGCACCAGGUCCUGCAAAGGAGGGAGAGACAGAAGAACCUGAAAAAGCUCCAGAACCUACUGAAUUUACUGUAAAACUUGCUGGAUUUGAUGACACAGCAAAAGUCAAGUUGAUUAAAGAGAUUAAAAAUUUGAUUCCAGGAAUGAAUUUAGUCCAGGCUAAAAAGUUUGUAGAAAGUGUUCCACAGAUUGUAAGGGAAAAGACCAACAAAGAAGAAGCUGAAACUGUGAAGAAGGCACUAGAAGCUGCUGGUGCAACUGUUGAGAUUGAAAGUUGAUAAAUGCAUUAGUCUUGUCAAGACAAAAAUGCUUUCAGAUUUCAUUUGAGUGUGUAUAUGCARGGUAGUGAAUCGAUGACUUUUGAUACCAUUAGUUCUCCAAUCGGAAUAUCUACAUUUGUAUAUACUUAUAUUCGAGAUAUCCUCUCUGUUUUUGUGUGCUAUCAUUUCCAGAUGAGGCAUGUAUGUAAGCUUCCCUUUAACAAAGUCAUGAUAUAACUAGCUUACUUAUAUGUUUUACAGUCAAAACACCUCCAGCAUGAACAAGUAGAGAUCAUUAAUGGCUUUAUUUUUGGAUCCUUGAUUUC